CGCGACGGCGGUUCCGACGCGGCUGCUGAGGGGGAAACGGUCGCCGCCGUUGCUAACGUUCGCCCGCCCGCGCGCCGCGUCGGCCUGCUGCGUCACUUCCUCUUCCGGGCGCGCGGCCGAGGAGGCGGCGGCGGGUCAGUCGGUCGAUCUAUCGGCAGCCGGCCUCCUCCUCCUCUGAGGGAAAAGGAAAAGGUGGGGGGGUCGAUACGGGCUUUUCUCUCCUCAGCCGCCGCCGAGGAGGAGCCGCUGCCGCCGCCAUUCCCGCCGCCGCCGCCGCCAUGGAGCCGGAGUCGGUGAUCGAGGACAAGACCAUCGAGUUGAUGACAAGUGUGAAAAGGAAACCCCAUUCGAAUUUCCAUUCAUUCUGGAUUGGUGGAUCUGAAGCACAGAAACAGAGUUUCAGUGUUCUGUGCCAAGGUCUUUGUGGCUAGGCUGCUCCAACCUGGUAGAGAGCAUGUGCGCACUGAGAUGCCUGCAGAGCAUGCCCAGUGUCAGAUGUCUCCAGAACACAUCAGUAAUGGAGGAUCAGAAUGAAGAUGAGUCUCCAAAGAAAAACACACUGUGGCAGAUAAGCAAUGGAACUUCAUCUGUGAUAGUCUCAAGGAAACGACCAUCUGAAGGAAACUACGAAAAGGAAAAAGACUUGUGUAUUAAAUAUUUUGACCAGUGGUCUGAAUCGGAUCAGGUUGAAUUUGUGGAACACCUUAUUUCACGAAUGUGUCAUUAUCAGCAUGGACAUAUUAAUUCUUACCUAAAGCCUAUGUUGCAAAGGGAUUUCAUCACUGCUUUACCAGAGCAAGGCUUAGAUCACAUAGCAGAAAAUAUCCUCUCCUACCUUGAUGCCAGGUCACUCUGUGCAGCAGAGCUGGUGUGCAAGGAAUGGCAGCGAGUUAUUUCAGAAGGAAUGCUAUGGAAGAAGCUUAUUGAAAGAAUGGUACGAACCGAUCCGCUUUGGAAGGGGCUAUCGGAAAGAAGGGGCUGGGAUCAGUACCUGUUUAAAAACAGACCCACAGAUGGCCCUCCUAAUUCGUUUUACAGGUCACUGUACCCAAAGAUAAUACAAGAUAUAGAGACUAUAGAGUCUAACUGGCGAUGUGGAAGGCACAACUUGCAAAGAAUUCAAUGCCGUUCUGAAAACAGUAAAGGUGUUUACUGUUUACAGUAUGAUGAUGAGAAGAUUAUCAGUGGCUUAAGGGACAACUCCAUUAAGAUCUGGGAUAAAACAGGAUUGGAAUGUUUGAAAGUAUUAACAGGACAUACUGGCUCCGUUCUCUGUCUGCAAUAUGAUGAAAGAGUAAUUGUAACUGGAUCUUCUGACUCCACUGUGAGAGUUUGGGAUGUGAACACAGGUGAAGUCCUCAACACACUGAUUCAUCACAACGAGGCUGUGCUUCACUUGCGUUUCAGCAAUGGCUUAAUGGUGACCUGUUCAAAGGACAGAUCUAUUGCUGUCUGGGAUAUGGCCUCACCGACUGACAUCACUCUGCGCCGCGUAUUAGUUGGCCAUCGGGCGGCUGUUAACGUCGUUGACUUCGACGACAAGUAUAUUGUAUCUGCUUCUGGUGAUAGGACCAUUAAAGUCUGGAGCACAAGCACAUGUGAAUUUGUUCGCACUCUUAAUGGGCACAAGCGAGGCAUUGCUUGCCUGCAGUAUAGGGAUCGGCUUGUUGUGAGUGGAUCAUCAGACAAUACCAUUAGGCUUUGGGAUAUCGAAUGCGGGGCCUGUUUAAGAGUGCUAGAAGGACACGAAGAACUGGUUAGGUGCAUCAGAUUUGAUAACAAGAGGAUUGUAAGCGGAGCCUACGAUGGCAAAAUCAAAGUUUGGGACUUGCAAGCUGCUCUUGACCCUCGUGCCCCAGCAAGUACACUAUGCUUACGUACAUUGGUGGAACACUCAGGACGUGUGUUUAGACUCCAAUUUGAUGAAUUUCAGAUCAUUAGUAGUUCCCAUGAUGAUACCAUUUUGAUUUGGGAUUUUUUAAAUGUGCCCCCCAAUGCACAAAAUGAGACACGCUCUCCAUCAAGAACAUACACUUACAUCUCCAGAUAACAGUCUGCAGUGUACUGCUCUCCAAGGAUUCCACAGUCUUUGAACUACUGGACAUUUGGCAAUUACACACCUGAAGACAUCAGCCACCGCUAAAGUCAGAAGUGGUUCUAGGUGCUGUGUAGAUGCAAAGCAGCACAAGUCUAUAUCUAAACUUACCUUUUCCAGUCCUCCUCACUGAGUCCAGCUAGAAGAAAUUCAGUCUGUCCUUCACUGCAAUGCAAGAUCCAAAGCUUCAUGAGUAAAUUGCCCAUAUACACUGAACUGAUGGCUUGUUUUUCCAGGAGUAAAUCAGAUGUCAAGGAAGGACUUGACCUAAUUUAUAUUUGCUUUGCACUUUUAUCUGACUCUGAAGAAGAAAAACAUUCUCAGUGAAAUGUGGGUGCCAAACAUACCCAGAAUGUACAGGGCUUUGCUCUCAAAGCCACCCUCCUCCUGUAGACUUUACGUUUCACGACUGAUGCGGAUCCCCUUCUGUUGGCUAGGAGUAUCAAUUGGACUGAUAGAGAUAUUUCUGAAUGGAUCAGUAAUAUUUUGGAUGAUUGUUUACUUAUUUCUGCAACAGUAAUUUGCUUUAAUUUAACGAUUGUAAAUUGGGCUAGAGUAUCUAAACUAGGUGUACAGCACUGCCCUUUCUUUUAAUUGUGCUUUGUACUACAGCCGUCCUCCUCCUCCUCCUCCUCAUGUUUGGUAUAGUCGAAUCCUUCAUGUGUGCUUGCCUCAUAAUUUCCAAUACCGUAACUGUAUAAGCAUGUAGAUAUAUUGUACAUAAACAUUGUAACCUCCAAGUGCUGGGAGUCAGGGUCUCCUGAUACUGUAUGCAGAUUUCAAGGAAGAAGUUUUUAAGCAUCAAGGCAUUCUUACUACUGGCACCAUAAUUGGGUUGGGAUGAAUUGCUUUAGAAAUAUUUCUCUGUGAAUAGGAGGAUUUUGGUAUCCAUUGGGAUUUUUUAAAAAAGAAAAAGAAGAAGAAAAAACGAGGUGAAACAUCUUAAUGUUAAACUUCAAGAACUUUUUUUUAAUUUAAGAAAAAAAAAUAAAAGUUAAAAGUGGUUCUGAUUUUCCAUGCUGCAAUAUUUGCAAACCAUCUUAAGCCGUUGGCCAAAGUUGCAUACCUGGAAACAACUUUUACAAUCCGUUCAGAUAGUCCUUGAUCUUACCAUGCUUAUGUGUUGAACUGAAGCAGAAACUGCAAUUCCACUGUGAUCUUGUAAGAGAGAUGGUCUGUGUUCCUUAACAGUUCUGUUGAGAAACCCGGCGGAUUAUGGCAACGCGUCAUUGGAAUGUCUUCUCCUUUGAAAGUAUGACUGGUGGUGGCAGUUAGUCAUACGCUUCCCUGUACAAAAGCAAACUUCCUAGCCUCUCUCUCAUCUUUUUAAGUUAUUGCUGGGCAAUAUUGUUUAGUGGCUUCUUCUUAAUGCUAGUUUUGAAAAUUAUUAACUAAUAAAAUAUAAUACUGGAUGGUCUAAGAACUGUGUAGUUGGCAUGGAUAUGGAUACUGUCAUUCCUUAGUCAUAUGGUUUUGUAUUUGUUUUUCCUUUGCCGCCACUCCUGAUUUCUCUUUUCUCUUUCCCUCUCCCUUUUUUUCUUUUGGUUGAGGGGUCAAGGAAUGUUGAUAACCAAUAUAUAAAAAAAGACCAAUGAAUGAAUAUCGCUUAUUUUAGUGGAACAGCUGCGGCUGGAUAUUUCACUUGCACACCUGCCAGCUUGUCAGUCAAAAGAAAGCACACGUGAGAUGUGAACAAAAGGCGCAACUUUUUGAUCUGCUUCUGGUAUUCCACUCUUUGCCUUCCUAGAUGUUACAAAUCAACUGCUUUUUGCAUUCAUGAAUUGCCCCCUCGGAGCACUGCUUCAAAGACUUAAGACAUGGAUAUGAUCAAAUCCAUCAGAGGAUGCCUUUCCCCAUGUUCUCGGUUUUUAAUAUGGUCGACAGUCACACAACUGUCUUAUGAUAGCUGUAAUAUGAAUGACACCCCCCCCCCAAUGUCAUUGAAUGGCUGUCAUGUGAAAGACUUUCUAUUGCAGCCCUGAAGAAAAAGGUAUUUAUGGAAAACUAUCCUUUUUUAAUGCAUGUGUAAGAUGAAAUUCAUGUUUUUUUCCAUGGGAAAUAAUGGUAUUUGAAGAUGCAGCCUAAACUACUUUUGAUUGUGCUUGGUGUAACAUAGCUGUGGAGUUUGUGACUGGCACCCAGGGGGGCUUGGCUCCUGGGAUUUAAUGAUAGUGAUCCUGGCUGUACUCUGGACUUUGUUUCGCUAAUCAUUACUGAGCAGCUGUAUGUUACUGCUAGAUUAAUGUUUCAAAGCACUGGGAUAGUCUUAUUCUAACUUGUAAUUAUGUUUGCCAGUUACCUGUUUGGAAAGUUUGUGUAUGAACAGCUUAUUGGACAACUGUUGAAUUGUACAGAUAUUGUUCAUGAUAUAAGGCUUUGUACUGUGGAAUGUGCUUAAUAAAAAAAUUCUAAACAC